UAUUUUUUAUUUUUAUUUUUGGGUGGUGAGCUUGCUGUAGGUCAUUGUUUAAUGGACAAGUUGACUUGGAUUGCAUUCAGGUUAUAACUCCAGUAACUAUGUUCUUGAGGUUAUCCAAUCUUCUUGGUUUCUAACUGGAUACUGGAGAGUUGCAAAUAUGAAUUUAUUUAACAAUGGGUCAGAAAUGGCAAAUUUGGUGGUUAGCUCUGGUCUCCUUCAACAAUCAUGGACUGUAAAUUCGAAUCUUUAUGGAAAUAGUGAUCCAAACGAACGUCUUACAUUCAAAGUUUACCCACAACAAAACUACAACAUCUUGGGUUUUGUUAGUUCCCCUCGGACACUUGAAGGAGAUGAGGCAGAGUUAGUUUCAUCAUCUACUUUUCCUCUCUUCGAAUUUUUAUGCAGCAAAAACAACCCAAGUUUCUCCAUUAACAAAGCUGCAAUUUCUCUCUUUGAUUCCUAUCAUUUCCUACUUUCUGAACUGAAAACUCAGCUUUGCCAAGGACCCCCAUAUAAAUCAUUGAUUAUCACCGGACACUCUUUGGGAGGCUCAAUUGCUUCACUCUUCACCUUGUGGAUGUUGGACAGCAUGGUCUUAUCAAAAACCAAACGCCCACUUUGCAUCACUUUUGGUUCACCCCUUAUUGGUGACAGCAGCCUACAGAAAGCCAUCUUUCAAUCUCAAACAUGGAACUCUUGCUUCCUGCAUGUAGUCUCUAACCAAGAUCCAAUACCUAGAAUCUUCCUACACCACAAUCCUGUCCAUCAAACAGGUGUUUAUAAACCAUUUGGGACAUUCCUCAUUUGUUCUGAAUUAGGGUGUGCUUGUUUUGCGCACCCUAAUUCCGUUCUGGAAUUGUUACCUGCAAGUGCCUCGUAUGGUGCUCAUGGUCAACAUCCUCAUCAAAUCUUGCCCUUUGUUGAUUAUGGACCAAUGGUGGAAAAUCUUUACCAUCGGACCUUCUGCCGGGAUGCAAUAGAGUUGGAUGAAUGGGCUACGCAACCAUUUGAGGCAUGCAUUAGUAGACAACUCCAAGCAAUAGGGGUUGGUCGACCUCAGCAGCAAAAUCAGAAGAACGAAGAGAAAGAUAUAAAUCUAUCUAGAAAAACUUCAACAGAUUUGCAGUCUGCCGCUUUUGAUCACUCAGCCACUCUCCCCUCCCCAGGCUCAGGUUCACCUAAAUGGGUUCAAAAUUUGAUAAAGAGGACAAAAAACUGGGAAUUGAAACUUCAAAUUGCGAAGCAGUUUGAUCCCUCCAAGAAGUUGAAUGACAUAAAAGUAAAUAUGGUCUACUUGGAAUGGUACAAGAAGUGGGCUAAAGAUCAGAAAACUGGAUACUAUGACAUGUACAAAAACAAUAUGUAUGAAUCGGACGUUAUGGUUCAAAAAUACAAAGAAGAACUCACAAAUUACUGGAUAAACAUGGUUAACGAAGUGAAAAUUAAGCCCCAGAAGGAAGGAGCCGACUUUCAGUCUCAUUGGCUAUAUGCAGGUACAACCUAUAGAAGGAUGAUUGAACCACUUGACAUCGCUGAACACUACUACGAGAAAAAGAGACUCAACUAUGAAACCGAAGGAAGAUCUGAUCAUUACAUCCUGUUGGAGGAAUGGCUGAAAGAAGCAAAGGAAAUAGAAAGAUAUGCAACAAACUUGAAAAAGGAAAAUGUAGCUUCUAUUCUGACAAUAGAUUCGUGUUUCUGGGCAAAAGUUGAGGAAGCGAUCAUUUCAUGCAAUUUGUUGAAGACAGAAAAAUAUGUUGUUGAAGAAAAAGUGAAGAAGUUGAAAGAUUUUGAGAACUAUGUCUUGGGUCUGUUGACUAACUAUGAAGUAUCCCCUCAGAUAUUCUUACCUGAAAGCAGCUCUAUGAAGUGGUGGAAAGAUUGGAAAGCUUAUAGGAAAACUUUGGGAAUUACCUGACCACUCCACGACUUCAUCGAAUCUGGGACAUAUGUAGAAUAUGACGGGGGUAUCUGGUCUCCACCUGUAAAUACUCAACUAGUUUAAGUUCAUAUACCAAGUAAUUGUUAUAUGUCACCUUUGUCUAAUAAUGUAUUUUCACUUUCCAUCUUUUUGGAGGCAAAUAAUGUGAAAGAAAUGCUUUUAUCAGCUUUUUUUAAUGAUAGUCGUGCGGAAAAUGGGUGAUUAUGUUUCUUUGUUAA